AUAAAAAGUGGCGCCCCCAAUUGGCGUGCAUUAGUACUCGCCAGCGCAGCGCUCCGCUCACACGCGUCCGCUGUUCUCUCUUUGCGCAGUUCGUGCGAUUUACUAAUUUGAAACUUACACUUGUAUUUUUUCGGUUUUUCCGGUAAACAUGGCCGACACCGCAGUUGCCGCUGACGCCCCCGCCCCGGCGACGCCCGCGAAGAAGCCCAAGGCCUCCGCCGGCGCUAAGAAGCCCAAAGCGAAGCCCACCCACCCGAAGACUUCCGAGAUGGUCAACAGUGCCAUCAAGGAGUUGAAGGAGAGGAGCGGUUCGUCCCUGCAGGCUAUCAAGAAAUACAUCGCCGCCCAGUACAAGGUGGACGCCGAGAAGCUGGCUCCGUUCAUCAGAAAAUAUCUGAAGAGCGCUGUCGAAUCCGGCGCACUGAUCCAGACCAAAGGCAAGGGCGCGUCCGGCUCGUUCAAACUGGAGUCCAAGUCGUCCUCCGGCGCCAAGAAACCCGCCGCCGCCAAGAAGUCUAGCGCCAAAUCUUCAGCGGCCGCGAAGAAACCGGCCGCAGCUAAGCCCGCUAAGGCCAGGAAGGCCGCCGCCUCUCCCGCCAAGCCUAAGGCCGCCACUAAGGACAAGAAGGCCGCCGCCGCCAAGAAGAAGCCCGCCGCUAAGAAACCCUCCACCCCCGCCAAGGGCAAGAGCGCCGCCGCGCCUAAGGCCAAGAAGACCGCGAAGCCUCCCACCAAGAAGCCUAAAGCUCCCAAACCGAAGAAGGCCGCGGCCGCUCCCAAAGCGAAGCCCGCCGCUAAGAAGGCCGCCUCGAAGAAGUAAGACUGUGCGCGUUCGCUAUUGUCGUCGCCGCCGUUCUUGCAUCGGUCGUGGUGGUGUUGUUAGUGACGUUGAUGGAGAUUAUGCGACGGCUUGUCGCAUCACUCUUCUCGACUCACGUCAUACGCCUGUGCGCGUUAAACGCACAUCAAAAAGCCCUUUUCAGGGCUAACAAACGUAUUCAAAGGCUCAUCGCCUCUGUUUCAUUGCAAUAAGAGCACAUAACACAAAGUCGUUCGACCGAUCGAUCGAUCGAUCACUCUUAUAAAUAAGUAAAACAAACUUAAGUGCUUUCCGAAAUGGUAAAAAGUCUUAUUAAGACUACAAAAAACUAGGCUUCUAAUUAAAUAUAUCCCCCCGUCUUAUCUAGUCAAAACGAACGAACGAACGAACAUAUAUUAUUUCUAUAAAAUUAUUAUUAUAACGAUGUGAUCUCAAUGAUAGAUCUCGGUUACUUGGGUUUUAGAAAAAAUUUAUACAAAGUUAAUAUAUUAAUUAUCUAGUAGUAACGCAACGUAAAUUUUACACGCACGCAAAUAAUUAUACAUUAAUAAUACAGACGCAGUAUGUAUAUUGGCGAAAAAUUUUAUACCCGUGCCAUUUUGCAAGCGGAAGACAUAUAUGUAUAUUAUAAGUACAAAAUAUUAUUAUAUUUAAAAAUAGGUAAUAAAAUUCACAACGUC